AUGAUUGGAAUGUUUUAUUUUAUUGUCAAACGAGGAGUUACUUGUCUCAUGGCAUUGGUUUUCCUUUUACAAUUAAAAUGUUUCUCAGAAAUUAUCAAUAUUGGAUUAGCCGUUUACAGACUUUAUGAUUUGCCGUGGUUUAGAGCACUUUCGUGGUAUUUUUUGUUGACUAGCGAUUAUUUCUUUUUUGGAGAAAGUCUAAUUGAUUAUUGGGGGCUUGUAUUACGUAAAGAUAGAUUUCUUUUUGCAUUAAUUGUUCAUCAUCGACUAAUAAGUUUUGUUUUGUAUUGUUUUGGAUUUAUUUGGUUUGUUCUCUCGUUACAAAAAGGAUUUUAUUUGAGACAAUUUUCAUUGUUUGCUUGGACGCAUGUUACUUUAUUAAUAAUUGUUAGCCAGUCAUUUUUAAUAAUCCAAAAUUUGUUUCAAGGAUUAAUUUGGUUCCUAGUCCCCGUUUCAAUGAUUAUUUGCUGUGAUAUAAUGAGUUAUAUGUUCGGAUUUUUCUUUGGCAAAACUCCAUUAAUCAAAAUUUCACCAAAGAAAACUUGGGAAGGAUUUAUUGGUGGUGCUUUUAGUACAAUACUUUUUGGACUUGUGCUUUCCCACUUUAUGAUGGAAAAUCCAUUGUUUGUCUGCCCAGUAGAGUCUUACUAUCAAGACAAUUUAAAUUGCACAAUUCCACUAUCAUUUCAAUACAGAGAAUUCGAAGCUCCUCGCCCCUUCUCUUUUCUGUUCCGAUUAUUCCGCCAACAACCAAUUGUUAGAUUUAAACCUUUUCUUUUCCAUUCUGUGGUAAUGGCUCUUUUUGCUUCCUUAAUUGGACCAUUUGGAGGAUUUUUUGCUAGUGGAUUUAAAAGGGCGUUUAAAAUAAAGGAUUUUGGCGACAUAAUUCCGGGUCAUGGCGGUUUAAUGGACAGAUUUGAUUGCCAAUUACUCAUGGGAACAUUUGUGAAUGUUUAUAUAUCUUCUUUUAUUAGAUCCCCAAACCCUCACAAAAUUGUCCAACAAAUUUUGUGGCUAACAAAUGAUGAACAAUUGGCAGUUUAUAAUUCCCUACAAGAGCAGCUAAUAUCAAGUGGACUAAUUCCUCCAAGUUAA